CUCCCGUGGCGACUGGAUUGGUUGUGUUUUUAAUGUUCAUAUGGUUUAGUAUAUUCAGUUUCAUUUUUGAUUUCAUACGCCAAACGUCCAUGUGCCCGAGUCUAAAAGCAAGUCUAACAAAGUGCAUCGGCAUUUCACACUCAGCUUUUUCAGAUUAUUCAAAAGUGUUAUCAUAUCGCACAAUUUUUACAAACCGGUAAACCUUUAAUGGUGCUGUGGACAGCAACGAUACUAUAAUUGAAGUCAUGAAGAAUACCUCGUUAAUGGCUCCAUUUUAAUGUAAAUUUUAUAAUACGUGAUAACUGAUGUGAACACAGUAGUUGGUGGUGCCGUUCAUUUAAUUUCAAGGAAAAUAAAACUUUUUGGUUUCAUUCUAGUAUAUAAAUCAAAAUGACUGUAAUUAAAGAAGAAAAAACCGAUGUCGGGUUAAAACAGAAUAUUGGCCUUUUGGCCGCUGUAAAUAUUAUAAUUGGUGUAAUGAUUGGUUCAGGCAUAUUCAUUUCACCUACGUCUGCGUUACAAUAUUCAGGAAGCGUGGGAUUAUGUUUAAUUAUUUGGGCAUCAUGUGGCAUCAUUUCACUACUUGGUGCAUUAUGUUUUGCAGAGCUGGGAACUGUUGUUCCUAAAUCGGGUGCCGAAUAUGCCUAUUUAUUAGAAACAUUUUCCAAGCAGCACAAGUUUUGGGGGCCAUUACCAGCAUUUAUUUGCAAUUGGGUUUAUGUGAUGGUUCUACGACCAGCCGAAGUAGCUAUCCUUAUUCUCAUUUGCAUAACAUACUGUAUUGAACCGAUACGAAUAAAUAUUGGUUUUGAUAAUUUAGAUGAGACAAAUCAACAGAAUUUUAAAAAGUUGCUGGCUGUUGCUACCUUAUUAAUUGUUACAUACAUAAAUUGUCGGAGUGUCAAACUGUUCGUGAGUAUCAAUAAUUUUUGUAGCAUUGGAAAGGUGGUUGCAUGCGUAGUUGUUAUUUUUGGCGGUGUAUAUGAGCUGUGUCGUGGAAAUAGCAGAGAUCUUAGUUCCAGCUUCGAAGGGACCACUACAAAUCCGGGAAAUAUUGCAUUAGCAUUUUAUAAUGGUCUAUGGGCAUACGAUGGAUGGGUCAGCGUUACAUGCGUAACGGAAGAAAUUAAAAGACCAGAAAAAAAUAUUCCACGAUCGAUCCUAAUUUCGGUGCCCGUUAUAACAGCUUUAUAUGUAUUUAUGAAUUUUUCGUAUUUAAUUGUACUCUCGCCAAGUGAAAUGAUUAGUUCAAAAGCUGUUGCUGUUGAAUUUGGACAACGUGUCUUUGGUCCAUUUGCAUUUAUAAUUCCGCUUGGCGUUGCUUUGGCCACAUUCGGAUGUGCGUUGAGUAUACAAUUUAGUGUGACUAGACUGUGUUUUGUUGCUGGACGUGAAGGUCAUUUCUUGGCCCCAAUGUCAUACAUUCAUCAUGAAAGAAUGACACCGGGACCGGCUGUUGCUUUACAGGGUCUAAUUUCGUUCAUAUUCAUUUUGAUGGGUGAUGUUCACGAGCUGAUUGAAUUCGCAUCAUUUUUAAUUUGGGUGUUUUAUGGUGCGGCUGUUAUUUGUUUAUUAGUUUUACGUAAAACUCGACCUGAUCUACCACGACCAUAUAAGGUGCCAUUAAUUGUGCCAUUCCUCACGUUGGCCGUAGCCGUGUUCCUUACGGUGACUCCAAUGUAUAAUCAACCGCCAGCCAAGUAUUUGGCUGCAUUAGGUUUCAUUAUAUCCGGCUUGAUAUUUUAUAUUCCUUUCGUUUGUUACAAAUACCGUCCAAAAAUAAUGGACAAAUUUACAUUCCUCAUUCAAGUCUUAUUCGAAGCCAUUCCAUCCGACAAAAAAGAAACGUAACUGAUGAGAUGAUGAAAAAAAAUCCAAAAUUUUGUUGGAUUUAAUAUGUUUGAUUGGUUUUUGUUUUUGAUGAAUUUAUAGAAUUUUGAAAAGCAGUAUGUUAUAUAUAGAAAAUAAAUAGAUUUUAUUUUGAAUUCGUUAAAAAGUUCGGAUCUAAAUAA